AUGACUCGGCUAAGUUCAGGCAGAUUUGUUGUCACGCUUCCGUUUCUGAAAUCAAGUCCACUGCUUGGUGACUCAAAAACGUUAGCUUUCCAACGGUUCAAGGCCCUCAAAUAUCGGCUCAUCCGCAAUAAAAAUCUGCAAGCUCAAUACGCUGAGUUCAUGCACGAUUACCUGACAGCAGGGCAUAUGGAGUUGAUUCCGCCGUCUGAACUUGGAAAUCCAUAUCAUUAUUACAUUCCGCACCAUUGCGUGCUAAAACCCGAUAGCCUUACUACCAAAUUGAGAGUGGUAUUCAAUGCUUCUGCAAAAACUUCAGCUGGAAUCUCUCUGAACGAAAGUAUGCACACAGGUCCGAAAUAUUGCAACAUGAUAUUCAAGUCGUAUUGCUCCGAUCUCGACUCUGGAACGCUGCGCACUGUCCGUGAAUUGGCUACAGUCGAUGGUGCCACCUGGCCGCUAGCGUCGUCUGUGUUAUUAAACGAUACAUUUGUUGAUGAGGUCCUUACUGGAGCCAAUACUAUUGAAGAGGCUCCUCAGUGCCAAUCUCAACUCAUAAGUUUGUGUGCCAUAGAGCAGUUUCAAUUGAGAAAAUGGGCCAGCAAUAAUAGUCAAAUUUUACAAACAGUGGCUGAAGAGGACCGUGCCAUUUCUCCCUCUGUUCUACUUGACACCAGUGAACAAUCAGACUUAAGGGGCUUGAAACUGGUUUCAAAACCAAUUUCAGAAACCGGUAAAAACCAAAACUGGAAAAAAUUGGAAACAGGUCUUGGUGAUUCAUCUUGUAGGUAUUCAGGUAAUUUUGAUAGCUAUAAUGAAAUAUGUCACAAGGAUGUAGUGAAGAUAAAAAAACUUCCAAAAGAAUGCACAGCUUUUGUUUUUGAUGGAGUUGUAUGUAAUAAAGAUUAUGAAAUCACGUAUGCAUGGAUACCAGAAGAUUUAGAUCACUUAAAAUCGCUUGUAGAUUUUGAGGAUGGUAUACACAAUGUGUACUUAUUUUAUAAACAUCGAACCUUAGAAGAUUGGUCAGACGCACUCUUUUCUGGAGAUUUUAAAAUAGAAGCACAAAAAGUGCAAGAAUUUAUUGGUAAAUAUGCUGUAAAGGGGUUGAUUUUGAAUGGAAUGGAAUAUCCUGCUUUAGAAAAUUGUGAAAGCGACUUCUACAAGAAAUUUACAGACUAUGUAACAGAUAUUAAAACUACAAAUCCAGAUUUGGAAAUUGGGUUUUAUUUGAGUGCUAGAACUUUGAUACUAAGUGUAAAUAAGGAGCUCAAUUCAACUUGGUUUGAUUUUUGUAAGAUGAAUGAGGUUUUGGAUUUCUAUGUGAUUGAAUUUGCUACUUUUAAUGAAUGUUGUGAUGUAUUCUUACAUGGUGGAAUUACUCCUAUGGAGUCAAAAGAUCCAGCUGUUAUGACAUUAACUAAAUUUGCAACUGCUUUAAAGCAAUCUACCAUUGCAAAAGAAAAAAUGUAUUUUGAAUUUUUAAUUAGCCCUAUAUCGAAACCUAAGGAAAAAGCAAAUUUGUUACCAUGUCAAUAUUCGUAUAACGAGUAUUGUGAAUACCGCGAAAUAUACAAAGGAAAAUGGUGUGUCGAUGACCAGGACAUAUUGUAUGAAAAAGGUAAAUUUGCCAAAAAAUAUUCAAAAGGAUUCAUAGGGAGAGAUAUAGAUUUAGUCGAUCGUGAUAAUAAAUGUGAAUGUGAUAAUAAGUACAUAACGUUUUAUAUGAUGUUAAAGGGAUAUACUGAUGCAAUUGAUAAACUAACUUGUAUAGCAUUAAGUUAGCCUAUUUAGUCUAAUAAAUACUAUAGUUAAUUGUUAUUUUUGAAUGAUGUA